UAGUCAGUAAGUGUUUGAACUCGCGAGAGUACGUUAAUUCGUAGAGCUCAAGGACGCUAUAAGUCUUUGUACUAAGUUUACUAUAGUUUUUGUUUUUGAGUUUCUGGAAUUGUGCUUUUUGGAUAUAUUUAUAUAUCUAUAUAUAUAUACAUAUAUACAGACUCACAAUGUGGGAUUCUCCUAACAGUGGUAACUGUCGGACAUGCCAGUACAGCAGUACAUCAAAAAUGGCCUGUGAUUCAGUGGAAGGGCCUUAUCUAGAUAAAGAAAAUAUGCAGCCUUUCAACCACAUGAAAAACGAUGAGCUUUCUUUAUAUGAUAAUGGGAAUGUGGAACCUUAUCAUCCUUCAUCUCCGUCACGUUGCCGUCGUCCUCUCGAAGAACAUGACUCCAAUUCUCUGGAUUCUGGCUAUGGUGCCAGCUAUUAUGGUGAAAAAUUUUUGUCCUACGCCUCUCCAACAAGAACAACUACUGCAUCUUUUAGCUCAAUGUGUUCUAUGGAAGACGAAUUUUUGGAUUUUUCUGAUGUCGAACCCUUAGAAAAGCCGUCACUGCCCCAGGAUUUCAAGAAAUUGAUAUCAAAUCCUCUAGUACUCAAAACUAAGCCUCAAAAAAUUUGCUCUCCAAAAGAUACCAUAAUCAGACCAUUAUUUAGAAGAGCUUUAUCCUUGCAACCACAGAGUGAUAACACACCAAACAGCAGUAGAGUAAGAACUAGUCUGUUCAAAGGGGACCAGGAAAUGCGAUCUUUUAAAAGACCCGACCCUCCUAAUAAUACUACAGUCGUCGGGGUGAAAAGGUCUAGGAUAUUUGAUGACGAUGAUGACAGCGAUGCUUCAGUUCCGAUGGCAAGACCAUCCCUUCAGCGAGCUUUCUCUGUCACAGAAGAAAGUAUAAUGUGUGCUGUACAGAGAUCUGCGGUCGAACCUGAUCUUAUCGGAGAUUUUAGUAGAAGUUUCAGUCUUCCUUUAACAACAAGUCGUCAUCAAGAUCUAAAAGCUAUUACUCCACAAACUUUGGCAGCUCUCAUUAGAGGAGAAUUUAGUAAUACAGUUACCUCCUAUAAAGUUAUUGAUUGUAGAUAUCCCUAUGAAUUUGAGGGAGGACACGUAACGGAAGCUAUUAACAUUUACACAAAAGCACAGUGUUUGGAACUUUUAGACUCAAGACCACCUGUAACUGAAAAUUCGAGGCAUAUUUUGGUGUUCCACUGCGAAUUCUCCAGUGAACGAGGCCCUAAUUUAUAUCGUUUCCUGCGUAAAGAGGAUCGCAAUAGAAAUGAAAUAAUGUACCCAUAUCUGCAUUAUCCAGAAAUAUAUCUCCUAGAAGGUGGAUACAAGAAAUUUUUUGAAGAGUUCUCCGAAAUGUGUACGCCAGUCGCUUACAAAGAAAUGUUGCACCCAGAUCACGAGGGAGAUCUUAGACAUUUCCGAUCAAAAUCGAAAACAUGGAACUGUGAUUCACGUCAGCGUCCAGGAAAAAAAAGACUAGGGAUGUAAAUAUUUCCAGGUUUAUUGCCAUAAAUUUUUAUAGUACAAAUAAUUUAAUGAUAUGUUUUUGGUUCCUAGUAACUUUUACCUAAAUAACAGAUCGUUAAGAAGUAAAGUGGAGUAUGUAUAAAGAAUAUUGUUAAUAUAUCUGUAUUUCCCACAACUUAUCAAUAAACUGGGUAUUAAUUAUAAUCAAAUAAAAAACAACACUCAUAUUCAAAUACUGUUACAUAAAUAAACCAAAUAGCAAAAUUGUACAUUGAUUUUACUAGAAUUAUAAACAUUUUAUCAUGGACAAAAUCUAACUGUAUUACCAAUUUUGCUCAUAUAAGCUGUUCAUGUGAAUAUUUAUCCAUUAUUAAUUAUAUGCUACAAAAAUUUUAUUUAUAUGUAAAUGGUCGGUAGUAAAUACUAAGCUAUUCCAUCCUCAAUUAUGAAUUGUGGGCUUAUUUUUUUAUACAAAAUAAAAAAAGCAUGACGUUUGUCAAGUCAAUUCUUCAGAUUUUCAGAAUAUACUCCAAACAAAUGUCACAUUCUAAAUGCCAUAUCAUUAUAUCUUUAACAGAUCUCAAUUUAUAGAUAAUAUUUUUGAUAUUUAGUUUCCUUUUCAAAUUAUAUCUAUUUGUAUAGCUUUAAAAUUUUGUGCACUUGUAGCUCUUGAAUAUGUUUGAAUCACUUCAAUUUCUG